CUGGCCUAAGUGGACAGACAGAGCGACAAGACGGUACGAUAUGAGCCAGCUGUGGAGGACGGGGGCAGCUCUGGUGGCGCUGCUGGCGGCCUGCGGGGGCCGCUGCCAGCUGGUGCCGGGGGCGGGCGCCGUGCUGGACUGGGAGGCGGCGGCGCGCGGACAGCCGCACAUCGCGAGGGACGCCCUCGGAGCCGCUCUCAGGGACAGACUGCGAGGCGCGCCUGAGUCGGUAGGCAGCCUGCAGGACAUCCUGACGCAGGCGCAACAGCCGCGCCAGCAGCAGCAGCAGCAGACGCAGCACCAGUCGCGGGGUAGAGCGGAGGCGUGGACGCAGUCUCCGACAGCGCGGGAGCUCGGGGAGCCCCGUAGACAGCGGCCAGAGCCCGCGGCGCCCGGACAGGACAGGGUGGCGCCCUCCACUGCAGACACUGUGGAGCGCCCCUACCAGUACCAGUACCAGUACCAGCAGCAGCACCAGCAGCGCGGCGGUCCCGUCAACAGCAUCCAGGACGUGCUGCGGCAGGUAGCGCCUCUGGAGGGUGCCGCUGCUGGACCUGGAGGCAGUGCCGGAGGCGGGGACUACGGCUACCCCGCGAUGGGGCCGCUCGCUGCAUCACCUGUUCUAGCGCAGCUCCCAGGGCUCUUCGGCAGGCAACUGAAUGCUGGGCCGUUCCCCGCACAGCAAUUGGCCGCAGGGGCCCCGCUGAUGCACGCUCUGGACGCGCUGGCGACGAUGCAGCUGCUGCGGCUGGGCGCGCAGGGCGCCGGCCUGGGCCCUGCGGUCCUGGGUUCGAGCCUCGCGCCAGCCGCCGCCCCACCACCAGACCCGCUCAUGGCGCUCCUCGUGGCCAUGGCGCAGCCCUUCCCACCCGUCGGAUGAACACUGUCGUGUGUCGUACUCCUACGGGACACUGGAACAGUUUGCCGACGGUCACCAUCUUCUACGCAUGUCAUUUGGUGCUCGUUUGGAACCAUAUUCCAGCUAAAACUUUCCCACACACACUUCGCUUACCAGCGCAGUGAACUGACGCAGUGGUGUGGAAACACAGUGUACCUCCUGACCACAGUAACCAAAUGUCAACUACCAACGUUACCCAUCCAAGAACUACGAUACUCCUUUAGCUCGUCCAAAUAACUUAAUGCAGCAACGAAAAAUGUCCACCAAAAUAGGAAAAAAAGGAAAUAAGUAAACAUCCGUUUCUUUUGUAUUACAUCGACGAUGUAUACAAGCAGACUGAAGCGACAAAUAAGAAUUUGUAUCAAUGGCGGGAUUUGAACCAAGGAUUCCUGGUCAUUAGGCAGAUGUACUAACCACCAUGGCACCUUGGCACAGUUGCUAAGCCAUUCUAUUUCGUUUCCAAAAUUACGAGAAAGGUCUUUUCUCAUAAAAUCACAUGGGGAAUACGGUGAUCUAUAGCGAGAAUCUCCAGAAUGAAUUUUCACUCUGCAGUGGAGUGUUCACUGAUCUGAAGCUUUCUGGCAGAUUAAAAUUCUGUGCCAAAACUUCCAACCUGAGACCAUGGACUUCCCCAGGCUUAUGCUCUCCUGCCUGAGAAGUCUAAGGCUAACUUAUAUUCGUCCGCCUCGUUAGCUGCUCGGCCAGAGGUUUCUCCACUCCGGGACUGGGUGUUGUGCUGCCCUUACUUUCGUGUCGUUAUAAAUGACGUUACUAUUUAGAUGGCUAAAAUGAGUUCGUCCCGAAAGCAAAUAAAUUUAAAAAGAAAAAAAUUCCUCACUAUCCGUUUUUAUAGAUUAAUUUCCGCCAGCAGAUGUCUUACCUCCCAAACCCCUCCCGUAAAUCUUGCACGCCUAACAUUUCUGGAAGGAACUGCAGAGUGAAAAUCCAUUCUGGUAACAAUCUUGAAGCCUAUGGAUAACCCAGUUCUCCGCCAUGCCCUUUCUUCUGUAGUGCUAGUCCUGCAAAUUACGCAGGGAAUGUUGGUGCAUUCUGGAAG